CCCUUUGGUAACCAACAAAACGACGACGUCUGAAGCUGGGCCUGGGCUAGUUCUAUAUGUACAAGCAAGAGAAGAAUGAAGAUGAGUAUGACGACCCCCAUUUGAAUUUGAAGAGAAAGAUUGAAGCUUUAUUCAAGAAUGGCUACCUGGGUUAGGAGUGCACAGCUUCAUUCUUAUCCUUCUCUUCAUCCCCAUCAAUCUUUGAAGAAGAUUCAACAGCAAAGUCAUUUUAUCAGCCUACCCAAUUCUCAUCGUCAUCUUCGGGGAAGAGUCUUCUGUAACUUUGAUGAUGAAGCCACCAAGAAACAAUCUCAGCCGCAACCAACUGGGAUUCAACUCUACUCUGAGAUUGAGAGGUUACUUACUGAGACUGUGAGGCAAUCCCAGAGUGGUUGGAAUGGUUCGAGUGACUGGAGUCAGAUAGAGGGAGCAUGGGUUCUGAAACCGAAAACCUUGAAACCCACGGCAGUUGUACAUUUUAUUGGUGGUAUAUUUGUUGGAGCUGCCCCUCAGCUCACCUACCGUUUCUUUCUUGAGCGACUAGCAGAGAAGGGAAUUUUGGUGAUUGCAACACCAUAUGCUAGUGGGUUUGAUCACUUCUUCAUUGCAGAUGAAGUUCAAUUCAAAUUUGAUCGUUGUUAUCGGUUUCUCAAAGACACGAUUGAAGAUCUUCCUAUUUUCGGCGUUGGUCAUUCUUUGGGAUCUGUCAUCCACCUUUUGAUUGGUUCGAGAUAUGCUAUUCAAAGAAAUGGGAAUGUGUUGAUGGCAUUCAACAACAGGGAGGCGAGCUCCGCUGUUCCUAUAUUCUCACCUGUUCUUGUUCCAGUCGCCCAAAGCCUGGGACCAAUUUUAACACAGAUCGCAUCAUCACCAACAUUUCGACUAGGGGCUGAAAUGACUCUCAGGCAAUUUGAAAACCUUAGCCCUCCCAUCAUGAAGCAAGUUAUGCCUUUAGUGGAGCAGCUCCCACCCUUGUAUAUGGAUUUAGUCAAUGGAAGAGAAGAUUUUGCUCCAAAACCUGAAGAGACUCGGCGACUUAUAAAAUCAUACUACGGUAUUUCCAGGAAUCUUCUAGUGAGGUUCAAGGAUGAUACAAUUGAUGAGACUUCAGUAUUAGCACAGUUGCUAAGUUCAGAUUCAGCCAUAAGCACUAUGCUAGACAUGUCAACUCGCCUAUUGCCCGGAGAUCACGCACUUCCUUUGCAACAGGCUAUACCAGAUGUGCCUCCAGCAAUGGCAGAUGCAGUAAAUCGCGGGAGUGAGAUGUUGGCCAAUCUCACUGUGGGAACGCCAUGGGAGUCUGUUGCUAAAGAAAUGGGCAACUCAUUAGGCGUAGACUCAACGAAGAUCCUUCGUGCAGAAGUGUCCAAAGACCUAGACCUUCUUGUGAAUGUUAUUGCAUCUUGGAUGGCUUCCAAUACAGGUCCAAGGCUUUUGAAGCCAUGAAAAAUAGUACCAUACAAAUGAUAGAAACUUAGAAAGCAAUUUUCUUAUCUCCCUUAUACAAGGUAUACAGGAAUAUGGUAUUUUAUAGGCCAAUUAAAAGAAUUGCUUUUGCUUUGUUUCGGUUGUACUGUUCGUUUUAAUGUCAUUUCAGGGAUGUACAAAUGAAACAUGUUUAUACAAGCUUGUUUUAGUAUAAAUGUAUAUACUAGUUUACUGUUC